AUGGAUUAUCAUCUCGGCGGUGUCUCUGAUGGCCAAAAUACUUCAUCGAAGCGGCUUCCUGUUAAUCCUCGCCGGCACAAGGUCGCUCCAGACCAACGAAAGCGGGUAGUCAGGGCAUGUAAUGCGUGUAACAACCGCCGGGUCAAAUGUUCCGGCGGGCAGCCCUGCCAAAGAUGUAUCCAAACUUCCCGAGACUGUGAGUACACAGCGUCUGAUACAGAUCGAACUUCUUUGAAGGACGAAAUGAAACGAUUGCAAGCCCGUUGCUCUGUCCUCGAAGAGGGUCUUGCGACUAUUGCGCCCCAUCAGGCACCAGACUUACUCAGUCAACUUGAUCGUGGCGAGCCACCAGAUUGGGCAAGUGUCGUCCCAUAUCCGGUGUGGACUCUGAACGUUGACGAAGACGACGAGACUGGAGGGCGAUUGCUGAACGACCCCUUUGGCACCGUGAGAUAUCUGGGCGGGUCAUCCGGAGCUACCUUCCUCGAUCAGCUGAAGCAAGUCAUGGUCGCCCUCUUGGUUCCUCUUACACCUACUCUUGACUCCGAAGAUGGCUCUGCCUUUGUCGCGUCUGUUGGGCACUACCAAACGUUUGACUCGCGUCCAUUGCCGAACCCGGAUGUAGAUCCUACUUGGCUGCCGUCCAGGUCGGAUAUGGCCCUGAUGCUCCAAGAUCUCCGGCAACACAUACAAGAUGGCAAUGGUGCUUUCGCCUCGGGUGGUAUAUAUUGGUGGGGUGACCUCAUCAGUAUACCAACAUCUCCCGCGGGCUCUACCUCAAUGGCUGCGUUGACAACAACUGAGUCGCAUCGGCAUCUGGCAUUCCAUCAUGUUUGCUUCGCGCUCUCAGUCUCGAUUGUACACACUUCGGUGCGUCGCGCUGACAACCAAUCCGGAGAGGCGUACUUCAAGCGUGCUCGAUUGUUGCUGGGUAACCCCCUCGAUAAUGUUCGCUUUUCUUUUAGCGACGUCCCUGCUCUGGCUUUGAUGGGCUUUUAUCUCAUCGAAGUCAACCGGAGGGAUGCGGCAUAUAUGUAUGUUGGCUUAGCGGUCCACAUAGCCAUCAUGCAUGGGUCAUUCAGGCACACCGCUGAUGAAGCCAGCAGGCGAACUUUGUGGACGCUGUACAUCAUGGACAGAUGGAUCAGCAUGCUGAUGGGCAGACCUCCAGUCAUACCGGAUGAUGCGAUCCGACUUCCGCUUCCAGUUGAUGCUCCGUAAGUUGAGAUCAUACGAUGGCCAAACGAACAUGUACUAAACGUGGUAGUUCAAUGCCCCCAUCUGCAGGUCUCUGUGCACACGUUGAGCUCGCGAGGAUUUCCGGGUACAUUGUCUGCGAGACAUGUGGUAUCGCUCCACGCAUUCCGAGGGCCGCAGGUUCCGCGGCAAGCAUCGAUAGGGCACUGCGGAUGCUUCGCGACUGGUAUGCCCAGCUUCCAGUCGUGCUCCAGAUAGCUGCCGAGCAGCCACUACUUGAUCCAGCUUGUUGCACACUGCACAUGCAUUACAACCAGCUGGUCAUACUAGCGACUCGUCCUAUGCUUUUCGCUGCCAUCAAGAAAGUGGUUGCGCUUCAAGCUUCUAAUGGACUGGGCUCUUCGGAAGAACAUCUGCAUGGAUCCCACACCCGCUCGUGCAUAGAGGCGGCCCACCGCAAUCUGCACCUGGCUCGACUUCUAGGGUCGACGAACAGACACUGGUUUCAGUCCGGCCUGCACUUCCUGUUCAAUGCUGCUGUCGUACUUCUGCUAAGUCGCAUUAGCUCCGCUUGUGAGGAAGAUGUUGACUCAGACCGAGCAACCGAAGGCCGACUUGCUUCAGAAAUCAGCUUUGCCAUUCAGGUUUUUGAGCAGGAGGCGAAGGUUGGAACAAACUAUCCACGGGACUGUUGGAGGGUGCUGCGAGAUCUGAAGGCUUUAACCGAUCGCUAUGUGUUCGGGCAACACACACCAAUUUCGCAGCAUGUCGCUGUUCGAAACCUGACACACCCACACCCCAGCCAGCCAAAGAGCCCAACGCCAACCCUGAAACAAUGA